AUGGUCUUUUCGUCAAAGAUCUUCUGCAUGGCGAUGUUCGCAUCGGGUUACAUCGCUGCCCCCACUGCCGCUGACGGCAAAGCACAGAAGCUCCCGUGGAGCGGCCGCGCAUUCGACCUCACCGAUGCCACGCUUGAGGAGAAGUACUGGACGCACAUUCUCACGAUGCGCAACCACAGUAACGGCCAGCCUUCUGACUACGUUACGGUCAAGCAAGAAGGCCGCUCGCCCCUUUACAAUGGCGACACGGGCGUCAUCACCAUUGGAGUGGACAAGGAUGCCAUCUUCAAGGCCCAGACCAACUUCCGUCGGUCGGAACUCGUGCAGAACGUCAGUGCCAACCUAGAAGGCACGACGUUCUUCCGAACAAGUAUGAUGAAAGAGGAGGCGUUUCGGAACCCGUACGCCUGGCAGGUGAUCUUCCCCGAGUCGCACCUUUUUGAGAUCCGCGUGGACGCGAGCAAGAGCCCUGCGAAGCUCAUCUACCUCAACAACGGUACGUGGGACCCCAAGUGGGAGACUGACUUUGUCCCUGGCACGUGGUACAACUUUGGCGUUGCCAUCAAGGCCGCACCCUUUGGUAAGAACGUCAGGGUGGACUUUUACAUGAGCGAGGGGGACGAGGACCUGGUUCUCAAGACUACGCACGAAUUUUCGAGUGAGUUGCCGUUGUGGUACGAGUUCCACAUUGGCCUUCUGACUCUCUCGGACGAUGGGAGUGCGCCCAAGAUGGACGCGAAGCAGGACAUCAUGUCGUUCAAUGGCGUGUCAGUGGAAGCGGAGGUAGUGAUGACUGCGUCCGGUAUCGCCAAUGAAGUUCCUGUCGACGAAGCGGCCAACGUACAGCAUGAGGUCCCGGUCACUGCUACCAAGAAGGGCAUUGAAAAGCCCGGAGAGAACUGCGCCAAGUAA